GCUCGAGGACAAAGCGGGAAGGCGCCAAAAUGUUCCGUUUGAAACACUGGUCGUUUCGAAACUUCUCGGUUGCUCAUUGGUAGAAUCUCUGACUAGGCUUCUACAAUGCAAAGUAAAGAGCGACGCCCACACAUGACCUUGCAGUUUUCACUCUGGUCGGCAAUCAAGCAAUAUAAACCCAGUUUGCAGAGUUUUUCCCCAAUACGCUUUGUUUGUCAUUUUAUAGUCUGUGGUGAGAAUGUCUGGACGUGGUAAAGGCGGGAAGGGUCUGGGGAAAGGGGGCGCCAAGCGCCACCGUAAAGUCUUGCGCGACAACAUUCAAGGUAUCACCAAGCCGGCUAUCCGCCGCUUGGCUCGCCGCGGAGGCGUGAAGCGCAUCUCCGGGCUGAUCUACGAGGAGACUCGCGGUGUUCUGAAGGUGUUCCUGGAGAACGUGAUCCGAGAUGCCGUGACUUACACCGAGCACGCCAAGAGGAAGACCGUCACUGCCAUGGACGUGGUGUACGCCUUGAAACGCCAGGGCCGCACUCUGUACGGCUUUGGGGGCUAAGUCUUGCUGCAGAGCGCAACAGCGACAAUAAAACCUAAAAGGUCCUUUUAAGGGCCACCCA